CGGGGCGCUUCUUCCUCGCGGCCACACACAGAACUGAUUAGCUGAAGAAAUGGAUACUUCUCCCUCCAAAAAAUAUCCAGUUAAAAAAAGAGUAAAAAUACAUCCUAACACAGUGAUGGUGAAAUAUACUUCUCAUUAUCCUCAACCUGGGGAGGAUGGAUAUGAAGAAAUCAAUGAAAACUAUGGAAAUUUUAUGGAAGAAAAUCCAAAGAAAAGUUUGUUAAGUGAAAUGAAAAGAAAAGGAAGAACUAUCUUUGGAACCAUGAAUACCCAACCUCCACCAACAGAAGACCCCACGACCAAAGAGAGUGGACAAUUCCAGAACUUUGCAGAAAAAAAUAAUUUUCAAUCAAGAAAAAUGUGGAUAGUGCUGUUUGGAUCUGCUUUGGCUCAUGGAUGUGUAGCUCUUAUCACCAGGCUUGUUUCUGAUCGUUCUAAAGUUCCAUCUCUAGAACUGAUUUUUAUCCGUUCUGUCUUACAGGUCUUAUCUGUGUUAGUUGUGUGCUACUACCAGGAGGCCCCCUUUGGACCUAGAGGAUACAGAUUACGACUUUUCUUUUAUGGUGUGUGCAAUGUCAUCUCUAUCACCUGUGCUUAUACAUCAUUUUCAAUAGUUCCUCCCAGCAAUGGGACCACUAUGUGGCGAGCCACAACCACAGUCUUUAGUGCCAUUUUGGCUUUUUUACUUGUAGAUGAGAAGAUGGCUUAUAUUGACAUGGCUACAGUUGCUUGUAGCAUCUUAGGUGUUUGUCUUGUCAUGAUCCCCAACAUUGUUGAUGAUGACAAUUCCCUGUUAAAUGCCUGGAAAGAAGCCUUUGGAUACACUAUGACUGUGAUGGCUGGACUGACCACUGCUCUUUCCAUGAUAGUGUACAGAUCCAUCAAGGAAAAGAUCAGCAUGUGGACCGCAUUGUUUACCUUUGGCUGGACUGGUACAGUCUGGGGAUUAUCUACUAUGUUUGUUCUUCAAGAACCAAUCAUCCCAUUAGAUGGAGAAACCUGGAGCUAUCUCAUUGCUAUAUGUGUCUGUUCUACUAUUGCAUUCUUAGGAGUUUAUUAUGCCUUAGACAAAUUCCACCCAGCUUUGGUUAGCACAGUACAACAUCUGGAGAUUGUGGUAGCUAUGGUCUUGCAGCUUCUAGUGUUACAUAUAUUUCCUAGUGUCUAUGAUAUCUUUGGAGGGGUAAUCAUUAUGAUUAGUGUUUUUGUUCUUGCUGGCUAUAAACUUUACUGGAGGAAUUUAAGAAGGGAAGAUUAUCAGGAAAUACUGGACUCUCCCAUUAAAUGAAUACCUGUUUCAUGAUCUUGUUAAUAUCUAGUUAUUAAUAGGUACACUGCCAUUUUAAUGUUCACAUAUGUCUUUUGUGUUGAAAAAUUGAGAGUGCUAUAUAGUAUAUAAUUAAUAUGCAGAUGUAGAAAAAUUUAUUCUAGUCUAAUAUAUUCAAAACAAAUAUUAAAUAUGUGAAAU